AUGGCGUAUAACGAUUCCGGCUUCCAAGCAACUUCCCCCUGUCCCCAACCUGGCACCUGGACUGGUACCGCCAUCCACCGCAGGAGGCGACAGCCAGUCCUCCCACCGCGAACCCAAGAACACAAGAUCCUCCGUUAUCGCCUUCUAGCUUGCGACCAGCGGUCGUUCCUGACAGGUUCUCGCCGCGUCGAUAUGCAGGCGGCGCAUAUAAUCAACACCGUUCGGGAGGACGAUCGGCGCAAAGCGAACGUCGAAGAGCUUCUUACCCAACAGCGCCUUCAUCAUUCGUCCUUCCAGACUUUCGACUUGGAUAGCAUCAUUAACGGUAUUCUUCUGGAAGCGACCUACCACGUCCAGUGGGACGUUUACGGAACUUUCUGCAUUGUCCCAGCCGUGGACGACGCUCGCGCCAUGCUCAGUGCACUACGAACCUCCAAUCAGCAGUGGACAGUCAAUGAAUUCAAUGACAGGCCGGCCCGGCCUCUAGACGUUGGAGUAGCACCCUUUGACCGACCUAAAUGGGAUGUUGUUAUCCUCCAUCCACGAGGCUUACUCCCCGACGGCGAGACGCUCCCAAUCGCUCAAGGUCGAUACUUCGAGACCCAAACCUCCUCGCCGCCCCAAAACGCACAAGUAACGUGGACGUAUUGGACCGCAUCAAGCGACCAGCUCGUCUCUCCCUCGGAUCCGAACGAUUUUUUCCCUCCCUUCACCGCCCAGGAUGCCCGCUCCAUGACUCAUAAUAGACCCUCACCCCCUAUCUCCUCCCUCGCAAUGGUCGUAAAUGCGAACGCUAAGCUGCAGUCCUUCAUGAAGGACCACAGAGCCUCUGCAACCCCACGCAUCACAAUGUUUGCUAACCUCGUCUCUGAGCUGAUGGACGAGAUAUUCUUCGUUCCACGGGGUUUUCGCAGUCGUCUCGAUGACUAUGACUCAUUGUCCUUGCAGGCUCCCGCACAACCUCAUCCAAUUGAGGCUGUAUCGGGGACCGGAAACCCUGCUCCCACCGGACACCAGUUCGGGCAACCAUCGACCUCCGUUGGCUCGAUGGAACUUGAACCCGAUGCUCCAGAACAACCGGACGACGACGACGGUCUUACGCCUCUGGAAUUCCGAUUGCUUGCACAACGGGCUCGUGACCCGGAACUCAGGCCUAGAGACCGCUCGAAUGCGGCAUCUAUGCUGAUCUUUGGCGUGCAUGGUUUUACGAAGCCUUAUGCAUGA